GACAACAAUAUCGAGUUCUGGAGAAAAUUUGUUGCUGAGUAUUUUGCGCCCAAUGCAAAGAAGAAAUGGUGUGUUUCGAUGUAUGGAAGUGGUCGCCAAACUACUGGAGUUUUCCCUCAGGAUGUUUGGCAUUGUGAAAUUUGCAACCGCAAGCCUGGUCGUGGGUUUGAGGCAACUGUUGAGGUUUUGCCCAGACUCUUCAAAAUAAAAUAUGAAAGUGGUACUAUAGAAGAGUUGCUCUAUGUUGAUAUGCCACGAGAAUACCAGAACUCCUCUGGUCAAAUUGUUUUGGACUAUGCAAAAGCGAUACAGGAGAGUGUCUUUGAGCAACUCCGUGUGGUUCGUGAUGGUCAGCUUCGGAUUGUAUUCUCGCCUGAUCUUAAGAUAUGCUCUUGGGAGUUUUGUGCUCGACGCCAUGAAGAGCUUAUUCCUAGAAGAUUAUUAAUUCCUCAG